CCACCAGUCAUUCGUUUUGCAAUACGCAUUUUCUUUUUCGUUGGCGCGGGCUUCUUUUUUUUUUUUUCGCGAUUGCGACGGCAGUUUAGUUAUUUAUUCUUUUUGCAGUGUAAGUAGCGAAAAGUCGACCCUGACAUUAUCCAUGGGUCAUUUUGGUUUCUUAUUCAUGCAAAAAACUUGUUCGGAGCCCUUGCGAGUCUGAAGUUGAAUUAGUCCGAAUAACGACCCUGUCUACUCCACGAAUCGUAAGGUGUAUAGGAAUAAAGGUGGUGGGCAAAAAAAAGAGACGGGACGAGAGGGAAAAAAAAUUAAUUGGAUCAAUUAUCGGGAAAGAGAAGUUGGGACGAAAUGGAUUCAAACUUUGAGGCAGUCGCUGCUUCUUCUAAUCCGCCUAUUAUUAGUGGUAAUAGCAAUGGUGCAACAACGGACCCAUCCGCAUCAUCCCUUUCGCCUCCCACCACCGCUACCACCAGUACCUCCACUACUACUAACACAAACACUAUUACCGCAACCAUCACCGCUACUACACCAAACCCAACGAUAACAACAACCAAAUCCACAAUCACAAAUCCGACUUCAACUUCCACACCGUCUAAUACUACACAUUCCAAUAACCUGCACGCACACCGACAAAGUCACAAUUCAUCUAAACUCCCCGCCUUUCGCUUUGCCGAUCUAAAGAAAGAACCCAUUGCCCUCCCCUCGCUACUGCAGAGUCACCAUAUUCCACCCUCGCCUGUCUCACCCGUUUCGGAUCACUACACCGGAACACAACCAAACACGUCCCAAGAAUUGUCCCCACAGCCAGCGCAUCAAUAUCGCAACAAUAGCAACAAUACUAGCCCUGUCUCACCUGAACAAUUGUCUGCAGAUUUUUCGAGUCCAUCUAGGUCUCGGGCCUCCACGUUCCAGACCCCCGCCGCCCAAUCGACCGCCACAUCGACAUCAUCAUCUGCCAAUGCGAAGCGCUCUGCUUCUCUAGACUCCUCUACCGCGACUACUCACAAGGUCUUACCCAAUACCACGACCAUCAAGUCGCCCACGGAUUCCACCGAUACCAUUGUUACUAUACGGCCCCAGCACAGACGCGCCCCUCUGUCGGGCAAUUCAAUAAACGAGACAUCGUCCAGUCGGCGAAUGCACAGGUCUAACGAUAGUCGAGACACGCUACCAGGUGAAGAGAGUAGUGGUAGUAGCAGUAGGAGAGAAUCAGGUAGCGGGCAGCGGGAACUUUUACUACCGAAGACCCUCCAAAGAACAGCGACCGCCGAUGAAAAAAGGGGUUCUGUGGCUAGACGACCACCAGUAUCUUACAAGCCACCCGUAAGCUCUGGUAAUUCAGGCGGCACCGCAUCUAUUCCCCCUAUUCGAUCCUUCCGUUCCUCGGGUGAGCGACGGAGUCUCGUCCUCGAUAUGAAUAUUCGCUCAAUGCGAGGGUAUGAUGGGAACGACGAUUAUGGCGAUUCCAACCAUCGCGAUAGGACGCUGCGCGCGCUAGAGGGAAGGCGCUUUGACGAUGCUUCACAAAUAACACCGCCCGACUCAGCGGGAGAUCGCCCAGAUGGCGAUGACAACGGCGAUCUAUUUCUCAAGAUUGCACGCGAAGACCCAUUACGUCGCGGCGCUGAUAGUAAUGGAAAUUAUGGAGAGACCCAAAGUGCUAUUUCUCGAGUAACGCGAAGUAGCCGGCGACCUCUUUCCAUGGGCGUAUCCUCGUAUCAACCAGCUUCACCUCCGCAAAUGUUUCGUCGCUUGUCGGAUCAGGAGUCCUCUCGACCUAGGGGCUUCAGUGAUGACCAGUCAGGGGAGAAGAUCGCCCGCAGUCUAACUUAUAGAGGAUUCUCCAGAGAUAAACAAUCCGACGAGACGAAACCAAAAGGUACCAGCACACCUCUACGGGGAUCUCCACUAACCCCUCGAUUCCAAGAACCCCCUUCUGAGCCUGGCUCUGCUUAUAAUCGAAGACGACAACCAUCUGUCGACAAUGGAACCCCCAUUCCAUCUCGCAUGUCAUCAAUAAAGCAAUCUAGCAUUAACUACAGCCACCCCCGCACCUAUAACUCCUCGCCGCUAGUACCAAAGUCAAUGGAGUCACAAAAACACGACACUCAAAUAGACGAUGCGAACCAUGGCGUCGAAGGGACUAACUCAACUGCUUCGACCGCUGCUCCUUCCACAGUAUGGGAUGAGCUUGAUGAUCUAAAGUCUCGCAUCCAUCGUCUUGAAUUAACUGGCAAGCUCCCUCCCACCUCGGGAGCUGCUAUAUCCCGUGCAUCCGACGAGCGACCACCUACCGCUCACACGAACGCGACGACGCUCUCUGCUUCUCCAAAGCGUGGUUCUGGAAGUGCAGUGCAGGCGCCAGAUGCAAACAACAUACAGAGAGACGGACAUCCACUUUUACACUCAGCGUUAACAAAGUCCAAGAAUUUCCUUAGUGCGGAAGUUUUCGAGGCGCUCGAGACCGCUGCCAACGACGCAUUGGCUCUUUCCAUCAUGAUGGGCACCGCUGGUCAACCAGGACCUAUCGCGAGCGGCGCCAGUAGCAUUGGCAGUGGUACCACCAUUACGGACCGCCAACUCAGACGAAAAGCAGAUAGUAUCUGCCGCAGUCUAACUGAAUUAUGUCUCGCACUAAGCGAGGGAGCCGCGCAGGCUAAACCGCAACAAGUAUCCGCACCCGCUCCAGAGAACCCUCCAAUAGCAAGCCCUACCAUCACGAAAUUCCCUGGAGUAGCCUCGUCGAGGCGACCAAGCACAACCGAUCAUAAUCUUGCUGUCCACACCAGCCCGAGAGCUUUAUCCCGUUACGAAGACAAGCGAACCAAUGCGCUAGUAUCUAGCGCACUACCGACGCCGCGAUACAACGCAACAGCUCCUACGACCCCAACAGAUGGUGCCGCAUCCGCAGCGGGCCGAAAAACAUCCUUAUUAAUAUCCCGCUCCCGUCGCGCCGGAACGGAAGAGCCAGAGGAAGGACGCAAAUCAUCAUUACUAAGAACCCGACGGGCUACUACGGAGGAGCCAGAGGAGCGAAUCGAACGAAAGCCCUUAUUAGUUCGAAGCCGUCGUGGAACUAUAGACAACAAUAAUGAUGAAGAGGACGUUCGUUUCCGUGCGCCUUCUCGUGCCAUUACCGAAGUCCACGGACUAAGAUCUGGGAAUCGCGAAUAUUCUUCACAAUUGCCCGCACCUCAAUCAAAAGAUGCCGAGGCUUUGGGAUCUUCAGCUCUACCCAGAAGACGACUCGCCUCUCAGGCACUCAAUACUCGAUUAGUACUCCCCGCUCCGACAACCGGUAUUACCACCCCACAACGCCGAUAUUUUGAUCGAUCAACACCAGAUCGUGAAGUAUAUAACCCGGGAGAAAGGACGAUCGCGGAAGAUCGACCACAACGACAAUUCUCCGUCGCUCGUGCCGGAAGUAUGGACAAGCGAGCAAACCGUGGAAGCAUGAUUGCCACGAGCUCUCCCGCAGCUGGCGGUUACCGAUAACGCCGUAACGACUAUGACACGCUCAUGACGAUGUAACAAUAGACAGUCAUUCGGGCAAAGGCAAUUUUUCAUAAGCAUGAACUCUGCAUAGUUAGACGGUUUUUUACUUGAUUACUGAAGCUUUUGUUUUUUUCUUUACUUCA